AUCUCCCUCCAACACACACCCAGGUCAAACCGGAUGUGUGGGUAGAAAGCGUAUGGCCGGGCAAUUUUUCCCUCUCCCCCUGGCAGCAUCCCCGGAUGGACAGGUAAAAUACGACGCCGCAUCCACUGACAGCACCCACCGCCCUCAAUGACACCGGUUACGCAGCCAGCUCAGCUUAUAUAGACAACAAGCCUGAGGACCGGACGGCAAGCCUACAGCAAAGGGGAGCAGGGAGCACUUGGCCUUGUGGAGACGUAGAUCAGACUGGGUUUUCAGAGUCGAGCGGGCAAGGGGGUCGACGUCGAUUUCUGAGCCGGAUGGACCAACAAUAAUACUCUGACCACCUCCUCGGCGCUACCGGCUGUUCUUCGCAUGCGCCCGGCCACUUUCGAUCAAGCGCAUGCAGGGUGGCCCAUUUCCGGCGCUGUGGUUCUAAGCGGGGGCUAUUGAUACAUCUUGGGAACCCCCAUCUAGGGCGUCCAGGGCCCCCGAGUGUGCCCCAAUUCCCCAGCCAGCAGCAACCCACCUGGUCCGGUCAACAAGUCCUCUCUCCUCCAUCCCCUCUCCCCACGCGUCAAUACCCGGAAAGCUCUUUUAUAUCCACCAACCCACAUCCUCUUUCCUCGACCAUCCAGGCUGGCGAAGGCAAUGGUAUGAAUAUGCUCCACUGCUCGCCUCUCCUCUCGCUACUCCCUCGUCCGUCUCUUUUUCCAGUUAUGGAGCAGCAAGAUCGGCCAGGCCAGCAGCAGCAGCAACAGCAGCGCACACCACAGCAGUACCCUCGCCAAGGCGUACCUUCUGCCUCUACAGGGACGCCAUCGAGCAACUCCUCCCCAUCCCCCUACUCUCUGAGCGAUCUGGGUAGCGGAGAAUACGCCAUCGCAACAAACACCGAGGCCGCCACCAAUAUGACCACCGCAAUGCAUACAGCCGCACGCAGCGGCAGCAUCAGCAGUACCUCGAGUGCUAGCGGUAUCAGUUACUAUCAUAGUCCCUCUCCGCAGCCGUCAUAUUACGCCACAACACCACCGACACACCAUCAGUCGUCGUACACGGCAUCCUACCUCAACCCACAUAGCACGGCAGCGCAGUACGCGCAGCCACCCCGGCCGCGGCCUGUAUCCCGUACUCGCUCGUACGGCUACGCUCACUCGUCCCGGUCCCACUCGAGGUCCCUCUCUCCGUCGCCGCACUCGUCUCCGGCAGUUAGACAGGCGAGUCUCAACGCGCUGGCCGCCGCGGCAUCGCCGCCUGUGGGGUUCCCGAGUAGCAGUCUCGGCGGUGGUGGCGGCGCCGGGUACGCCUGUCAGCAGCAGCAGCAGCGGAGACCGAGCCAGCAGCAACACAAACAGCCCUUCUCGCCACACCAAUCAUCCCUGGGCCAGCCAGCCAACGUUCUUCCGGCACCAGCGAGCGCCUUCAUGACACGUCCACCGGUGCCCUUCCCGUCACAGUUCUUGCCAUCUUAUCCGGCACUCAUGGCUUUACGGACACCUUCGAGGCCGGGAUGGGCAGAGCGUCUCUCCCAGAGGACCGUGGAUCGCAUCAUUUCGCCAUACCGGAGAGCGGAUGCUGAUCCGCUGUCGGCAGUACCGGCAACAGCCUGGGGCGAUCUGGGUGUGCUUCCGCAGGCAGUCCUGGACAGGGUAUGGUCAUACCUGAGAUACAAGGACCUCAUCUUUCUACGGGAGGUCAGCAGGACCGCACGAGAUACAGUGGACCCGCAGGUAGCUCAUCGGGACGACAAGUACGUGUUUGUGCGCGAGCGGGAGGACCGACUCGACGAGAUCGAACGGCACCAAAGCACGCAGAAGGGACGAUGGGGCUCGGCGCAGCAGUGUCGGGCGCCCACCCGGGCGGCCUGCUACUUCUGCUACAAGGUCAAGCCGACGACCGAAUUCCAGGGGCCCACGACGCAGCGACACUGGGUGACGGUUCAUGCAGACCCUGCUACCGGAAAAGUCCACUACAUCCCCAUCCCCGACCCAGAAGAGGAGGCCAACGAGGCACCAAUGGCAACGCCAGGAAGACGCCCGAGCUACGCAGCACCAAUGGAUGGCAGCUAUGGCCAAUUUGGGUCGCAUAACCAACAACAACAGCACCAGCAGCAGUACGCUAGCCGCGGACGUUCGGUCACGCCAAGCGAAGGCACCAAGAUCCACCUGCGCCAGUACUGCAUCGAAUGUGGCGUUGAGUAUGGUCUCCACGUCCCUGGGGAACUGUACAAGACGUGGGCAAGCGAGGAUUCCACGAGGGGAGCCGGCCAGGGCAAGAGCAAGUGGAUCUGCGAGUGCGAAAAUCUGCCUCCCCGGGAUCGAAUACACGACCUGUUCCUUGUGGAAAUCUGUAGUCGCUGCAACAGAAGAGCCUCCUACCGCUGAAGGCACUGAGAAGGCCCCAAGUACACUCAACCACUCUCGCGGUCCACCGAAAGACACGAUAGAGAAUUGUUCUUCACAUCAUCCCUUUUCUACUCAAGAUAACGGGAUAUUUUUCUUCCUCUAUUUUUCCUCACUCCAAAGGUAGCAUGUAAACAAUUUUGGGUACAUGGAAACUGGCUUGUACAAAAAAGCUCUUAUUUCGUGGCUUUUGACAGAGAUGUAUGGAGAUUAGCGGAUGCUUUCACAGUGGCAGCAUGGCUUGGUCUAAGAACUCCAGGGAAGAAAAGCGCAGAAAGGCGAACCGGAGAUGACAGGGGUGGGCAGUCCACAGCGCUUCAGUUUGUUCUCGUGGGAUCUUUUUUGAACCAAUUUGGUAGGCAGCCACCUACGUAUCUACCUAGGCAUGUAGGUACCUUUGAGAAUAAAGACCGUGAUGGCGGGAAAGUCCCGGCAUAUGGAGCAGUAGGU